GGAGAGGCGCGGGGGAGAAGAAGAUGCAGAUUUUCGUGAAAACCUUAACUGGCAAAACCAUAACUCUCGAGGUCGAGAGCAGCGACACCAUCGACAAUGUCAAAGCCAAGAUCCAAGACAAGGAAGCCGAAAUGAUAAACUCGUUUGUGUCCAUUGGAAUACCGCCGGAUCAACAGCGUCUCAUCUUCGCCGGCAAGCAGCUCGAAGAUGGCCGGACUUUAGCUGACUACAAUAUCCAAAAAGAGUCUACACUCCAUCUGGUGUUGAGGCUGAGGGGAGGAAUCAUUGAGCCUUCUUUGAUGGCUUUGGCUCGUAAGUACAAUCAAGACAAGAUGAUUUGCCGCAAGUGUUAUGCUCGUCUGCAUCCAAGGGCUGUGAACUGUAGAAAGAAGAAGUGUGGCCAUAGCAACCAGUUGAGGCCUAAGAAGAAGAUCAAGUAGAUUUUAACUGUUGCGCCUUGUGUACUAUGGAAUGAGACUGAAGAUAUGCUGCUUUUUUAAAAACAAGAAAAAAAACCUUUUUUCUUUUUUUGCUCUUGUUAUUUCCCCUUUGUUUAAUUGAAACAUGUGAGAUCUUGGGUUAGCAAGCUUCUAUUUUAUUGUGGUAAAUUCAUUUGAAUUGAGCUUUAUAAAAUAUAAAAAUAAAA